AUGCCAAAACUACCUCCUCCGGGCGACAGUUGCUCAUUUUAUGGGCGAAAAAUCAGUGCAUAUGACAAGCAAGCGAUAAAAAAAGUUAAAAGUGUUAACUACCAGGGCAUCACAACUUCAAAUCUCAUUGGAAGCGCGCUGGCAGCUCGCCAGCCGGUGCAAAACCGGUGCUUAGACCGUGAUGAUCCGGCGGAGAAGGAGAAAUCAGAAAGUAGCGGCACGCCGACAAGUCCCAAAGUACUCGAGAGGAAAACCAUCAAGCUGGAGUCGCGUGAAAGAGCCCAAGAAUUCAAAAAGCUCUAUGAGAUUACUGGUGUAGUUGGGGUCGGCGGUGGGGGCACCGUCUAUGGCGGCGUCAGACGCUAUGAUGGUCUCAAAGUCGCAAUCAAGCAAGUCCCAAAGCAAAAAGUAAAAAGAUGGGGCCGCGUUCAAGGAAAAAUGGUCCCAAUCGAAUUCGAGCUUUUGGACAAAGUUUCCGACGGUCAUAAAGGAAUCGUACAGAUGAUCGAUUGGUACGAGCGGAAGUCAAGUUAUGUUCUUGUCAUGGAACGCCCUGAGAGACACAUCGAUCUAUUCGACUAUCUGAACCAAGCUGGUCCGAUUAGAGAACCUGUCGUCCGAGAUAUCUUUAUCCAGAUCCUAGAAUCAAUUAUCCACUGCCACAACAACGGAGUACUCCACAGAGAUAUCAAGGAUGAGAACAUCCUUCUCUCGCGCAAAAUCGACUACGAUCCAAAAUCGCCUUUUGAAGCAAAACUGAUUGAUUUUGGCUGCGGAACGCGACUAAAGGAUUCUUGCUACACAGAAUUCGCAGGAACUCCUGAAUUCUACCCUCCAGAAUGGUUCAGGGAAAGAAGAUAUGAUGGAAAACGAGCUUCAGUAUGGUCGAUGGGUGUUCUGCCACGGUUCUUAAAUCUUCGUAAAAGCGGCAAAACCAUUUCGUUCUUUUUUGAAUUAGAUAUAAUUUUUGAACCCAAAAAGCUCUAUACAAUGACGCAAGGAGAAGUUCCCUUCCCAAAAGAACGAGAUAUCAUCCGAAGUGAUCUAAGAUUCAAAGCUGCUGUACAAGUUCCAAGGCAUAUUCGCGAUUUUAUCAAAUGGAUAUUAAAUCCGAACGAGGAGGAACGUCCAACAUUCGAAGACAUCCUCCACCACCCGUGGAUCAAAGAAGGAAGAGAGCGAGCUUCUUCCACUGGUCUUUAA